ACAACGCCUCCGCCCGCGCCGCCUCCUGCUCCCGCUUCGUGGAGCUGCCCGAGGGCGACGAGGCCGCGCUCAGGGAGGCCGUGGCCACCGUGGGCCCCGUGGCCGUGGCCAUCGACGCCACCCGGCCCAGCUUCUUCCUCUACCGCUCCGGGGUGUUCGACGACCCCCAGUGCUCGCAGGAGGUGAACCACGCCGUGCUGGUGGUGGGAUACGGCUCCCUGGAAAACAAGGAAUAUUGGCUGGUGAAGAACAGCUGGGGCGUGCACUUCGGAGACGCGGGCUACGUCCGCAUGGCGCGCAACGCCUCCAACCUCUGCGGCAUCGCCAGCUACGCCUCCUACCCGCUCAUCUAGACCUGCUCUGGACCUCAUCUAGACCUGCUCUGGACCUCAUCUAGACCUGCUCUGGGCCUGCUC